AUGACCAGACCCAAACCUCACCAGCCCAUUCAGAAUACUAAGAGUAGGGCAUCAUUCCUUGUUAUUUGUCCACUAUUCGCAGGUGGCUGGGUGUAUAAGAAGAGUGCCAGGUUCAGCGGGUUUAACAAGCGAUGGAUUGUGGUUGAGAAUGGGGUGCUGCAUAUAGGUCCGUCGCAACACAACCUACCCCUGCAAGAGGCCAAGCCAACCAAGCAGAUACCACUGUACACGUGCACAGUCAAGGAGGUGCGCACGACGUUUCCCAAGUAUUCGUUCACCGUCAUCUCACCCAGUCACUCGUGGACGUUUGCGGUCAUGAGUGAGUUCAGCCACAACGCAUGGAUCUCUUGCAUACGCAACGCCAUCAGCGAAGCUUUAUCGGUGUGUGGUAUUGAAUGUCACACGACGCUGUUUGCGCAGACGUGGGAGUUCAGCUACAACGUCUGUUUCUGCCGCGUAUGCACUACUAUCAACGUGGCUGAGUGUGGUAUGCGUUAA